AUGGCAAUUGAAGAUGACCCGGGCACUAUCCGAUUGGAAGCGGUGAUGUGGUUGAGUGCUGGGGAUCAUAUUCUGUGGAUGGGAAGCCCUGUAUGUAAUCGACAUGAGACUGCUGUUGCUAGAGUUAGCCAAGUUCCCACACCAAUGCCAUCGUGGUUUGAAGAUAGUAAUGUCCAGACUACGCGAUACUUGACCCUAGAUGGAGUGUAA